GCAAUUGAAACAUAUAUACCAAGACCUCCAUGUAUAUACCAUAGAUACUAUGGACACCAGAAUCGCGACUGCGACGGUUGUUCAGCCAAACGUUGUUUCCAUGCGUAGAUAUGACGCCAAAUGUCAUCUUUGCCGUCGCAGAACCAUAAAUUUUGCAGUCGGCGUUACCAGUAACGAGUGCAAGGGCGCUAAGAACCGGACUAUAGUAAGACGUUUUCGUAAGAUUAUUUCAAGAUGUAUCUGAUAAGAACAAGAAAUCAAACAUGCCAGUUCCGGCUUGUUGUUUUGAUUCUCUGUGCCGUUCUAUUUGUUGUCAUCGUGGUCCAUCAAUACCUGGGACAAUCAACGCAAGUGCCUGCAAUAGAUUCGAAUGACAAAAAUGAAGAGCAUGAAAGAGUGUCCAUCCAAAAAGAAGAAGGCCCACAAUUGACCAUGAAGGUAGCGAAAUCCACCGAGUAUUCGGCAAAGGAGGCCUUUUUGGAAAAACAAUCCGGAGUGCAGCUCCAACGUCACAAAUACAUACAAGAGUCAUGUGCGAAACAUCCCGAACUAAACAUGGGCGGUAUUAGCUCCACAACACAAGGACAGUUACUUGUGAUCGACAAGCAUAAACUCCUCUACUGCUUCAUACAAAAGGCUGGGUGCACCAACUGGAAGAGACUGCUUAUGGUGAUGGAUGGUAAUCAGAAUCGAACGGAAGAUAUCACAACAGGAAUGGCCCACGCGUACUUUAGUGAAAACAAAAGGACACUCCGUUCGUUCAACACAAGAGAACAACAACACCGUCUGGAAACAUAUACCAAGUUCAUCUUCACACGGCAUCCAUUUGAGCGUGUUCUGUCAGCGUACGGAAAUAAGUUCGCAAACAUGGAUGUUUACAGAGGGUCUCCGCCCUACCAAAAAAUUGGCAAGUACAUCAUGAAGAAGUUCAGGAAGAAUGCAACGAUGAGGGAGCUUAAUACUGGCGAGACUAUCACGUGGAGUGAGUGGGCUUCUUACCUCGCCAAAGCUAACAAAGCUUUGUUUGACUUACACUGGAAAGAGUUCUAUCAGCUUUGUUCUCCGUGUAAAAUAAACUACGACUAUAUUGGCACGUUAGACACCGUCUAUGACGAUUCCGAAUACAUCAUGUCGAAGUUGGAUGUGCAGACAAAGGUUUCGUAUCCGCCCAAAAGUGUAAGUGUUCCGUCGAAUGGCUCGGAAAACUUUGACCACUACAUGAGUCAGUUGAGCAAAGAACAAAUUCAAAACCUUUGGGAGGUUUACCAGUUGGACUUUGAGCUCUUUGGGUACCCGAAACCUUCAUUCUAAUGAAUACAGCGUUAUAGCAUUUUUGACGUAUGGUGGACACUAUGCGAGUGCACUGUUUGGUUUGGGUACAUCAAGACAAAUUUACCCCAAACCAAUCAGUGUCCCACAGUACUGUGUCCACUGUACUCAAAAUGACCUAUUGACAGCACAAAGUCUUGGUCCUUGUCUUGCAAAUACAUCUCAUCAAUUUAUUAUUUUUGCUUAUGAUAUCUGUUUUGUAAUAUUUUGUUUAUUAUGUGAUAUCUUUCCAAGGGUAGUAUGACAACAAUAUUUAUUUCGUUAUACAUGCAACAAGGGACCUCCUAUUGUCCCUCUAUUGUUUGUACCCAAACUGUUUAGCAACGACCGUCAUGGUAUUGUGCACACUGUCCAACGGGGGACCUUUACCCAAUUAGGAAUCCUAUUGUCCCUCUUUUAGUCAUACCCUAAACUUUUGGCAAAGGUUGUCAUUGGUAUUGUGCAUACGUCCAACUGGGGACCUUAACCCAACUAUAGAAACCCUAUUGUCCCUCUGUUAUAGUUGUACCCUAACUUUUGGCAAAGGCUGUCAUCGUGUGCACACUAUGCAACGGGGGACCUUUACCCAAUUAGGAAUCCUAUAGUCCCUCUUUUAGUUGUGUCAGGGUCUGGCAACUUUCAUUUAUCACAGCCCCUUUAACGCGGUAAGCCACUUUGCUUCGCUUUGUAGGUACUUACAUUGCCUUAAUGUAGUACGUCUUAUCAAAUUGGUUCUAAAAUUAGUUUGUCUUCAAAUUUCACAUUAAUAGUAACGUGGGAUUUACAAGUUAUCAUUUAAUAUUUCAUUAGGUCGUCAUUGGGUAUUUUAACUCCCUGAUGAGUCUACAAAUGUAGUUUUCUUUUGCGCGCGGAGUGAUUUCUUUCUGCACUAGGGCUAACGUUGCCUAUACGUUUGACCAGUGCAAGUUGCAUUGAAGGGUCGCCAUUGUUUGAAGACUAUACGAGACUUUGAGGCAAUCAAAAUACGGCGUUAAAAGUUUCCACCGCUUUCGCGGUGGAAUUGAAGAACAUAAUAUAUCUGGGAGUGGUUAUCCAACCCAAUUUCGUUUGUGGACUCUGGUGAGUGGAUAUUUAUUUUACAUUUCAUUGUAUAAAUCUGUUAUUUGUGGCUAUAAACAUUUGUCAUUAUUUGUAAGUGGAUGAGUUUCACUGUGCACCUGUAGGGCUAUCUAUUCACCAUGCGUGACUGUAUUAGUAUGUGUAUUUAUUACAGCCCAGAUUGUGGCGUGGGACGCCUUAUAGACAUGGUCGGUUAGAAGAGCUAGUGCCUAUAUCCCAGGUGUCUGGUAAGUCCAGAAUUAUUAAUUGAUCAUAUUAGUAUUAUUUUUAACUACAACAAAAGUGAGUUAGAUUAUUGUAAAACAAACUAAAUGUAUUGUCUCUCUGUACCUUUGUUGUAGGGGAUUUAAUUGGGUUUGAUUAAAAUAUCAUAAGACAAUCAACGACCAUCA